CUCAGCGACGAGGCGCCUCCGACCAACAACGGCAGCGGCAGCAGCAGCAGCAGCAGCAGCGGAAAUGCCAGGCCUACGGCUCGACAGCGGACGCGGGCGGCGGCCAGCGAGAUCAAUGCCCUGGUGAAGGACCGGAGCGGCAGCGGCGCCCAGGAGGCACGCAAUACUACUUCUACAUCGAAUGCUGGUGCGGCGGCGCCGGCGCAGCCCAGGGUCAUUGACGUGCGGAGUCUGCCCAGAGGAGGGAUGCUGAGGGGGCGGGGCGGGCUGCGAGGGCGAGGACGAGGCACGGGGCCGAAUGCUUCUGGCGCUCAUCGCGCCGCGUCGCCGAGCGGGAACCGGUUCGCGGGCGCCGCCGCGAGAGGAGGACGGGGAGGUUAUGCGCAGGGCGCCGCGGGCCGGGGAGGCGGCGGCAGAGGGGGGAGGGCUGGUGGCGGCGGAAGGGGCAGGGCGACGGCGAACAAGAAGAGGGCCGACGGCGGGGAGGACAACAACAACAACAACAAGGCUGGCGGUGCCGGGCCUCGGGGCAAGCGGCAGGAUCCGUUUGAGAGGAUGGAUCCGCAGGAGCAGCAGUUUGACGACGCGGCGCGGUUCGGCACGAGGACCGAGUACAAGCCGUCGCUGAACAAGGAGGACCUGGCGGCGUUUGUGCCGGCGGCGCCGUCGUCGACGCGGGAGAGCCGCGUGGCGGCCGUGCUGGAGGACCUGGCGGUGCUGGGCGCGAGGGGCGACGCCGUCGGCGUGCCGCAGAACCUGCAGGCCAAGAGCUACGCCGCCGACGUGGAGGACAACGGCGGGGCGCGCUUCUUCGCCGACGGCAAGGCCCGCGCGGCCGCGGAGCAGUACCUCCAGGAGCAGCGGCGGGAGAAGCUGCUCGCCGAGGGCAAGGCCGAGGAGGAGAUUCCGCGGGAGCCGAUCCUCCAGGACGCGGAGGAGGCUGUGCGCAAGGCGGUCGUGGAGAGUGCGGUGCAGGGGAAGCACGAGACGCCCAAGUUUGCGACGGAUCCGGUGGGGAUCGCGAGGGCGUGGCACUUGAGGGCCGGGACGUACACGCAGAGGGACGUGGAGAAGUUUGAGAAGAAGCUGGUGUCGCUGUUGGCGGUUGGUGGUGGUGGUGGUGGUAAGGGAGGUGUGAAGAGCCAGGCGAAGGCUUCUUGAAGAAAAAUUACGAAUAAGAGGACCAAGGGUUUAGAAGGGAAAUCUUAUCUUGUAC